AUGGAGUGGCAGAUGUUACGCUUGUGCAUAAUAUCCGCUGUACUGGCUGUACUAACUUUUGCUGGAUACCCUUGGACUGAACCGAAAUGCAAGCCGUAUAGGGAGUUGAACGAGUGGAUGGAAUUUCAGUUUGAGAGAAAAUUUGGAUCCAAGAAAUGGGAAUACCGUUGUGCUUACGUGAAAGAAGCAGCAAGAUUACUACGCGCAGCACCACGAAGAUAUUCUUUCAUCGAAAUCCUCGACGAGCAUACACUUCCUGAAAGUAAGAAAGAGCUAGUUCGAAGAUUCGUCAAGCAACACAAAUGGAAAAUAUGGAAGCAGGUGAAAAACCAUUUCUUCCGCAUUUUGGGUAAGCAUGAAACUAUAGUUUUAGAUCCAACGUCUACGACAUUUGAAGUUUGGAUGUGCUACGGUGAAGAGUCCAGCGAAAAGGAUUAG